AGAUCGUAGCCUUCUCGGCGAGCUAUCACGGACUCACCCAGGGAUCUGGAUCAGCCACGUACUCAGCAGGUCGCAAGAACGGCGGGCCGUCAACGCCAGGCAUGCUAGCUUUUCCCGCCCCUUACCCCUAUCGUUCUCCGUUCCGGCAACCCGAUGGCUCGUAUGACUGGGAAACUGAACUCGAUUUUAGCUGGUCCAUGGUCGACCGCCAGAGCGUAGGGUCGCUGGCAGCUUUCAUAAUGGAGCCGAUCCUAUCGACAGGUGGUAUUCUUGUCCCGCCAGAGGGAUACAUAAAACGCAUGGUAGAGGAAUGCAGAAAGCGAGACAUGCUCGUGAUCAUGGACGAGGCCCAGACAGGCGUCGGGCGCACGGGCAAGAUGUUCGCUUUCGAGCACGAGGACAUCGUGCCAGACAUUUUAUGUCUAUCCAAGACCCUCGGCUGCGGUCUACCCCUUGGGUCCGUCAGCACGACGGCUGAGAUCGCGCGUGGCCUCUCGGAGGCCAAGUUUCUCUGGCUCACCACGCAUUUAAACGACCCUCUCACCGCUGCCGUCGGCAACAAAGUCCUCGAAAUUGUCGAGCGCGAUAACAUCGCCCAGCGUGCCGCAGAACGAGGAACGCAACUUCGCGCCGGGCUAGAAGAUCUACAGAGGAAAUACUGGUGCAUCGGCGACGUGCGCGGCAGAGGUUUAUUCCAGGCCAUCGAGAUCAUCGCGGACGCCAAGACCAAAGCCCCCGCAGUCAAGCUGGGUGAACUCAUCUCGAGCAAGGCUCUUGAGUUGGGCUUGUCGUGCAAUAUAGUCAACUUGCCAGGAAUGGGGGGCGUUUUCCGCCUUGCGCCCCCAGUAACUGUAACCGCGGACGAGAUAAGCAAAGGCAUAGCAAUAUUAGAUGAGGCGAUCGGAGCGGUUCUACCAGAACAGUGUUUUGUAUUACCGAAUUAAGAAUUGAUAUGCUAUAACUGGCUGCAUCAGAAGUCGUAUCAAGCCCCUAGCAAAACACCAAUAUAGCCAAUCUAUAGACGUGUAGAAAGGGGUAGCAAGCACUAUCUCAUACAGACGUCUAGGAAGGUACACAUAAGAGAAUCUACGUAAGUAGAGAUAGGGUUGAUGAUUAAUAU